AUGGCCCACGUACGUCAUCCUCUGGACGAGGAUCAAGAUCGUGAAGACGCUCCAUUCCUCGGCUCCUCCGACCCGAGCUCCUCCGCAGCACAUCGUCAUGUUCAUUCCAAGCCCAGCAUCGGCAGCCGGCCUGUCGAGGCUAAUGCUUCCGCUGGCGCCAUCACAUUCCGCUUCAAACUCAUCCUGUUCUCCAUGAUCCUCGCUGUGGAAAUCGGCUUUGCCUUCUUGGAGGGCCCCAUGACCCGGAUCAUGGAAGCCAUUACCUGCCGGCAGUACUUUUUGGUGGCUGAUCCGACUAAGAUCGGUGCAGAUGGACAGGUGCCAGAGGCUAUGUGCAAGAUUGGAGAGGUACAAGCAGAAUUGGCUGCGGUGAAAGGGUACCACAUGUUCUUUGAUGGGACUUUGUGUGCUUUAUUAGCAAUUCCGUAUGGUCUGCUGGCAGACCGUCGUGGCCGCAAAGCCACGCUCGCAUUAUCUCUUCCCGGGUUUGCGUUGAACACGGUCCUUACGCUCACUGUCCUAUGGUUCUCGAACAUAUUCCCUCUCCGGGCCCUCUGGUUUACUGCCUUGACAUGGCUUAUCGGAGGGGGCCCUGUCGCGGCAUUUGCUAUCAUAUGGACUAUGAUGGCUGAUGUCACUAACGAAUCAGAACGAGCGGGUAUAUUUUUUCAAUUUGCCAUUGUCUCAAUGGGCGCGGACUUUGCUUCUAGUUCAUUCAGUUCCUAUCUGAUGACCCUAAACCCCUGGAUCCCGUUGGUGAUUGGAUUCACAAUUGUGAUGGGCGGCGUGACGCUCAUUCUUCUACUGCCAGAAACAAAGCAUGCUGUGCCAGACAAACCCGCCCGCAUGGCCCCUGUUGAGCUUUCUGAUUUGACGGAUGAAACUGAGCCGAAGCCUUAUAUACACCAAGCUAACCAGUCGGAAUCAUACCACGACGAAGCGGACGUCAAUGGUGACCGUGCAAAUGAACCUCCAUCUUGGAGUAUUCCAUCUUAUUCCCAUCAGUCCUUGCUCGCCAAGUUCCGUGCCAACUACCGCUUCUAUCUGAAGCCAUAUAUCUUUAUUCUCAACCGAAAACCAGUGCUGCUACUCCUCACAGCAUUCCUAGUAUAUCGCCUAAGCCGAGGUUCGUCCUGGUUCCUGGCCCAAUACAUCUCGACCCGUUAUGCUUGGACCUUAGCCCAAGCCAACUUUUUGGUGGCCUGUCGACCAAUUGUGUCAAUCCCACUAUUCCUCUUUGGCUUGCCAUACCUCAAAAGUCGGGUCCUGAACCCCCGGCGCUCAUCAACCGAGAAAGACCUCUGGCUCGCUCGUGGAAGUAUAUUCUGCUUGACAUUGGGGACCCUGGGAAUAGGCCUUUCCCCAUCUAUCGCCACCUUGAUCCCAAGCAUGGUCGUGCAGGCAUCGGGAUCCGGAUUUGUGUUCAUUACUAGGUCAAUUAUUACAACCCUGGUUGAAAGAGAUGAGACAGCUCGCCUAUUCACUGCGGUUGAGAUCAUCCAGUCUCUCGGAAACGUGAUUGCAAGCCUGUCCAUCACUACCGUCUUUCAGGUUGGUCUGCGUCUUGGUGGGUUCUGGAUUGGACUGGCAUGGAUGAUGACCAGUACCUUGUUCUGCCUUGUCGGAGUGGCUAUCUGGUGUUUUAGGCUACCCCCUGCUCCUCCUACCCCAGAAUUUGUGGAUAACAAUUAUGAAGGGGAUGGAUCGGGCAUCGCGCCCUUUCUGCCUAUCCCCUCGGAGCCACUCGGCCUCCAAGCUCCCCUCCGCGUCUUCCUCUUUUGCUUUCGCCUCCCGCUAUUCAUUUUUGUCACUCUCAGCUACUUUUUAAUUCUACAAUGGCUUCCCAUCGGAUCGCUGGGCAAGAAAGCUGCCUUGUGGUGUAUUCUUGGCGUUCCGAGCAUCUGGUGGAUUGACCUGCAAGUGGACGGAGUGCGGAAAGGAUCCUUGAAGCAACAGCAAGCCCGUCUGCCGCAGCCCGGCUCGGUUAUCGCUUCAUCCUUCACGUCACCCAUCGACGCGAUCUAUCUGGCAGCAAUAUUCGACCCGGUCUUCACAACCUCCUACCCCAACACCCGCCAAGUCGAGCGUAUUUCCCUGCUUCAGGCUGUCUUGCGAGCAUUCAAGGCCCCAUCUACACAACCGUCGCCCGGUUCGCGCCUGGUGGACCUUUCGACUCUGGUCGAGAGAUACCCCAGUCGCCCGAUUGUUCUAUUCCCAGAAUGUACCACCACUAACGGCCGAGGCAUUCUACCUCUGAGCAAGUCGCUCCUGGGCGUUCCAUCCAAGACUAAGAUCUUCCCUGUCAGCAUCAGAUAUACCUCUCCGGAUGUUGUGACUCCCAUCCCAGGGAGCUAUGUGAGCUUCAUAUGGACGCUGCUUAGCAAGCCCACCCACUGCCUCCGCGUUCGAAUCGCCGAGUGUAUCACGGGCGGCAACGUAAUUGAGACACCGGGUCCUUCGACACGGAAGUCGACAUAUAACACGAAUUACCUUGAUACGUUGGGCCAAGACAGCCAAGAUGGCGAGGCCUCACUCAGCGAUAAGACCUUGCUGGAUAAUGUGGGGGAGUCUCUUGCCCGACUGGGCCGGGUCAAGCGAGUAGGCUUGGGAGUGAAAGAGAAGAUGGAGUUCUUCCAGGCGUGGACGAAGACCCGUUCGACGUGGUGA